AUGGAUAAGUUUGUCACAAGGCUACCCAGUUUUAGCUCUAGUUCUCAUCCAUCUAUUGCUCCAUCCAUAGCUCCAGAAAUUCAGAGGGAUCCAUUUGUUUCAGAUCUUGAUUUGGAAUCUCUCGAACCUGACCCAGGAGAUAGAAAAUCUAUUGCAGAAUAUAGCCCUAAUAUACGUGAUGAAGUUAGAAGACAUUAUAUUAAAAGUGGACCUUGCCGGCCCAUGAAAUAUGAUUUUCCUAAAACUACGUCUGAAAGUUCUUUUGACAGACAAUCCGAGAAAGAAAAAAGUGAGUCUAGACGUCGGUUGAGUGCUUCAAUCAAUGUGGCGAGGUUUCUCUUGAGAUUAGAAUUGCUAUUUCGUGGGCAUGACGAGAGUCAUUCUUCAACAAAUAGAGGUAUCUUUCUUGAACUUUUGCAAUGGUACGGAGAUAUUGAUCGGGAUGUUGGAAGCAUUAUUUUAGAAAAUGCUCCAAAAAAUGAAAUGAUGUGUUCUCCAAUAAUUCAAAAGGAUAUUGUUGAUGCUUGUUCCAAAGAGACAAUCAAAGCAAUCAUUGAAGAUUUGGAUGGAGAUUUUUUCGGGAUACUAGUUGAUGAAUCAGAGGAUAUAUCACACAAAGAGCAAAUGGCACUUGUUCUGAGAUAUGUUAAUAAAGAAGGUGAAUUAACACUUAUGGCUCUUGCAAAGAAGCAUUCAGAUGUAGAUGACUUUUUCUGUAUUGUUACUAAUGUGUUAAAUAUUGUUGGAGAAUCUUUUAAGCGCAGGGAUUUGCUUCGACAACAUCAAGCUGACAAAUUAGAGGAAUUGCUUAUAUUAGGUGAAAUACAUACUGGGCGAGGAUUAAAUCAAUAG